AUGAUUGACAUCUGCUGCCUUCAGGAGACCCGACGGAAAUCGAAUGGUGUCUGUCAUGUCAACUCAGACAAAGAAAAAUAUAAACUAUUUUGGAAUGGUCAAAAGACGGCCAAAAACGGUGUUGGAAUUAUUGUCAGAGAACCGCUAGCCCAAGAAGUACUGGAUAUUGAAAGGAUAAAUUCACAUGAUCUUUUUGAUAUUGCUCAUGCCAACGCUCUCAGCAUGAUCUCAGUUGCUGAAGACAGGAAAUUUCUGCUGAUUCAGCAACAAAAGGGAAUAAGGGAAUCAAUGGCUGGUACAGACACAAAAAAGCAAAACGAAAAAGCAGUACUGUUAAUCAGUAGCAGCAGCAGUGCAGAAGAAAUUCAAAAGACAGGUCAAGACAGAUAUGCUGACGACGAGGUACUUGUUGAAGGUUAUAGUUAUCAGACUCCUGCUAAGAGAAAGAGAGAUGCAAAGCUAGCAAGUGGAAGUGGCGAAGCUCAAGCAGAAGCUGUACACACUGCAUUGGAGGAUUGGGACAUAAAAAGCAGUGUUCGAGCGAUGUGCUUUGAUACAACCAGCUCGAACAGUGGCCGGAUUGUUGGUGCUUGUGUUCUCUUGGAACAAAAUCUCCGUAAAGGGCUUCUUUCAUUGGCAUGCAGACAUCCCAUAAUGGAACUGAUCAUUAAUGCCGUUUAUCAAGUCUGUCUUGGAGACAUAUCUUCUCCAGAGAUAUCAGGGACAGAACCAUUGUUUUUUGCAAACAGAUAUCUGGCAGAGAGUCAGCCAAGGGAUGAUUACAGAGAAUUCUUGGGGCUAGUAGUCAUUUUCUUGGCUCUGUCCCAGCAAGAGGAAUCCGAUUCAUGGCACCUGGGUCCAUGCAUGCUCGCUGGCUCUCAAAAUAACUUCGGCAACCGAGAGAAAAAUGGUAAAUGCCAUGAAAACUAUAUUAACACUGAGCCAGCUCAGCAGGAUCAUACUAAGCGAAUAACUGUUGACCUGCCAGCAUUCACAAGAAAGAAAUUUGAGGAUUUCUUUUUAGCAAAGUCGUUCACAUUAUUUCAACUCAUGGAACUUCCGCAUGAAUUUCUCAAUGAAGAUCCAGACAUAUGGGAGGCACAGGAGGAUUAUCAGCAAGCAUCAGAGGCAGUUCAUUCCAUGAGUAUGGUAAAUGAUCAUGCAGAACGUGGGGUCACCCUUAUUCAAGAAGUGAGUGGCAUUACAAUCAAAGAUGAGUCUCAUCUUCAGUUCCUAUUGCUGACAGUUGAGCAGCACAGACAGGCAUAUCCGGGCAGCAAAAAACACACAUUGUUGAAACUGCGGCCAAGUACAUCAUCUGUCAGCAGUGUAGCAAGGCACAAACUUUCUGCUUUGAACAGUUGUAUAAUCAAGAGCAGUCUUCUGUUUGAUUAUAUUUGA